UCCGUGCCUCUGGCCACGCCUCCUGCCUUGGUGCCUGAGGGAUCCAGUAAAACGAGUUUCGAUUCUUUGUGACUCGGAGGAACUUUCCAUUCUUUCUCCUUGUUCCACGAUGGCGGCGGCUGCUGAUGUGAGAGUCGAGGUAACGUGCACCGUGUGCCUGAACAUUUACACCGAGCCCGUAACUCUGCCCUGCGGCCAUAACUUCUGCCUGAGCUGCAUUGGCAAAACCUGGGACUGGCAGGAAGGGAUAGAGGAGCAGCCUUCCUGCCCCGAAUGCAGAGAGAGAUUCCGGACACGACCGGAACUCAAAAAGAACUCACGGCUGCGGAACAUUGCGGAACAUUUUCGUUCUGAGCAGCCAAAGCAAAACAAGACUGACAUUUACUGUACCUACUGCGAUGCUUCGGUGCCCGCUGCCAAGUACUGCGUGCGGUGUGAGGCUUCCCUGUGCGACAGUCACGUGCAACUACACAGCAGCGCAGAGGAACACGUCCUAGUGGAACCCACCGCCUCCCUGGCCAAGCGCAAAUGCGCCGUGCACAACCGGCUGCUGGAGUACCACUGCCGAGAGGAUGGCGCCUCUAUCUGUGCCUCCUGCUGCCUGGUGGGGGCGCACCGAGGGCACAACGUGGAGCAGCUGAGUGAGGCCUCCGAGAAGGAGAAAAAGAAACUUAAAAAGGUUCUGGAAUAUCUGAUCCCUGCCAAAGAGGUGACAGAGAAGAGUCUGCUGAAGCUGAAGGACAGCAGAGACAAGGUCCAAAAGAGAGCGGCUGCAGAGAGCGAGCACGUCUCUGCCCUGUUUAGAACCAUCCGGGAAUGGUUGGAAAGCCUAGAGAUGCAGAUGCUGGAGGAGAUCUCCAGGCAAGAAGAGCUGCUUUCGCUUCCAUUCUCUGAUAUGAUCCAGGAGCUGGAAGCACAGAAGGAGCAGCUUUCCGAGAAAAUCCAUCAGAUUGAGGAGCUGUGCAACAUGGCAGAUCCGUUAUCUGUCCUACAGUCGAGGGAGUCCGAUGGGGAUGGGGAGGAGGAGGAUGACUAUGAUGGUAGGGUGAUGAGGUAUAGACCCAUGCCUAGAGUGAGGGAUCUGGACCAAGAUUUGAUCAGCCAAACGCUACACACGGGACUGAAUGAUAUUGUGAAGGGGGCAAAGCGAAUGUGGAAAUUUGGGCAGAGGGUGAAGGACCUGGAAAUGGAUAUAAACACUGCCGGUCCUGCCGUGGCUUUAUCAGAGAACCGGAAAUUUGCCACCGACUGCAGAGGUGACCAGGAUCAUCCCCAAAGCCCCGAGAGAUUUGAGCACAAUCAGGUUGUAAGCACCACGGGCUUCUCGUCGGGGCGCCAUUACUGGGAUGUGGAGGGCAGCGAGUCGGGCAAGUGGUGUGUAGGGGUGGCCUAUCCCAGCAUGGAGAAGGGGGGGGAUAGCUCCAUGAUUGGGUUUAAUGAUAAGUCCUGGGGUUUGUUCCAAAUUGAUAAGACCUUGUUGCUGGGCCUUAUUCGAGGGCCUAAUCAUUACACGGUCUUACAUAACAAUAUUGAAUAUAUCUUACCUGACAAUUCAGCCUGCACGAGAAUCAGGGUCUCGCUGGACUACAAGGCCGGGCGCCUGUCCUUCUAUGAGCUGAGUGACCCCAUUAAGCACUUACACACCUACACUGCCUCCUUCACUGAGCCCCUACAUGCGGCAUUCUGGGUUGAGUCGAGUUGGGUGAAAAUCAUUAGCUAACGUGUUUACCUGUAGCCCCUCCCACACCUGCUUCAUCUAAACAAACCAUUUUUAUAUAAAUAAACUUGUUUAGUAGUAUGUGCCAUUGGGUAAUCCUAAAUAGGAAACUGCCAUUUUAGGUACUAAGCCCCGCCCCCUGGGAUCAUAGGUGUCACAGUGCACACAAACAAGCCAAGGCACACAUACAUGCUAGGCCCCAUCUCUUAUGCAAACCCCUUCCUGGUUGCUAAGGUAGUUUGGACCCUAGCAACCAGAUAGCUGCUGAAACUCCAAACUGGACAGCUGCUGGACAAAAAGUGAAACAAUUAAAAAAAACAAAAAACUAAAAUGAAUACAAAAUAAAGACCAAUUGCAAAUUGGACCUAUUUUUUGCAUUUAAAUGACCCCCAAUGUAUAGGAGUAAGGAGUUGCACACUGCGGGUGAGGGUAAGGGAGCACAUUUCAGUAAGUCUCGCUAUUUCCAAUCAUAUUUCAUGCAUUUCAGCCAAUGAUAUUACUGUAAAUGCUCUUGUCUCUUUGGAAAAUAAAUUGCACUUUUAUUCUAUUG